ACCAAAAAAAAGUGCAUUUAAAAACGUUAAGUUAAUUUUGCUUAUAUUGAACACGUAACCGAGUAACUCAAAACAAAAUAAACUUGUCUUCAUAUCGCUCUGGUUUUGAGUUUUUCUCUUUCAAUUUUUCAAUCAAAUCGAAAUCGAAGCUAUCUAGUAGUUUAUCUCCCAACCAUGUCUUCUUCAUACGGUCGAUACAAUUCUCAAUCUUACGCUCCAUCUGCACCCGAGUUACCUCCACCUUCUAACCACACCCCUCCUAGUAACUCCUACACCCAAACCUCACCCCCCUCUUCUAACUACAACAACUACCCAUCCUAUGGUUAUCCUCCACCUUCUUCCUAUGUUUCUUCAUCUUCUGGAUAUUCCAAUUUUCCGCCGGGAACAAACCCUGAUGUUAUUAGGAGCUUUCAGAUGGUAGAUAGAGAUCGAAGCGGUUUCAUCGAUGAUACAGAAUUGCAGCAAGCUCUUUCUUCUUCUUUUCAUAAUUUUAACCUAAGAACUAUUCGUCUUCUUAUCUUUCUCUUUAAACAUCCCAAUGAGUCCCUCAGAAUUGGGCCAAAGGAAUUUACGGAGCUUUGGAGUUGCCUUGGUCACUGGCGAGGCAUAUUUGAGAGAUAUGACAAAGAUAGGAGUGGGAAAAUUGAUCCAUUAGAGCUAAGAGAUGCUCUGUAUGGUAUUGGCUAUGCAGUACCUGCCUCAGUUCUACAACUUUUGCUUUCAAAGUACAGUGAUGGAAGUAGUAGAAGGGUUGAACUCGGGUUCGACAGUUUUGUCGAGUGUGGGAUGAUUAUCAAGGGUCUGACUGACAAAUUUAAGGUUAAGGACAGGCGUUACUCGGGAUCAGCUACACUUUCGUAUGACGAAUUUAUGUCUAUGGUCAUUCCUUUCCUUGUAUCUUAUGAUUGAGAAGUUGUGCUCCUCAUCUUCAAGUUUUCUUAGUUUUUGGUGCUACAUUCAAUUGAUUGUUUUAUGAGUUUGGUUGUGCAUAAAAUUUUAAGCUGUAAUUAUCUGUUCUAUUCUGCUUUGUUUGAGCCAUAAGCUAAGAAAAGUUAUUAAACACAUGUAAGUAAGCAAUGUAAUAAGUUGGACUGUAGUUAAUAGAGCUUAAAUGUGGUUAUUAGAGAUAUGCAACAAUGCUAGUACAGAGAGUUAUGUUUUAACACUGGAUUAAGUUGUUUGGAUAACUCUAUUUUACAGUAGUUCUGUAAUGAACUGCAUCUAUAAUUUGGAUGUGUCUUUCUUUGGAUA